AAAGACCAGAAAGGAGAAACAGGAAUGCAUAGAGUGUAAAGAAAAAGAACACAGAAAAAGAAGAAAAACAUAUCAAAAGGAGUACAUAGAACUUGAAGAAAAGGAGCAUAAAGAAUGUGAAGAAAAGGAGCGUAAAAAACGUGGAGAAAGGGAUAUAAAAAAUGUGAAGAAAGAGACAUGUAAAGAAUGUGAAGAAAGAGAACAAAAAGAAGAAGAAAAAGAAAGAUUAGAAGGGGGAAACAGGAAUGUAAAAAACUGGGCAGUUACAUUGGUUUCCAGUAGAACAAUUAAACCUCAUUUACAUUACAGACUAUUUUCUCGAAAUUGGUGGUUUAUUCCAAAAACAAAAAGCAAUAAUGAUAUAAAAAUAAUAUAUCCUAUUCGAGUUGGUAUGAAAACACAAGUAGAAAUAAAUAGAAAAAAAUUUAUUAUACACAUUUUAGAAGGAAACAAGUUUUAUAAAAAUCAAUCUGGUUAUUCUUGCUAUUGUGAUUCUGGUUCUAGUGAAAUUGAGGAUAAUCUAACAAAUGUGAUUAUCUCUUUAUAUAGACAAAUUUUUAAAACUCAAACAAAAAUUUUAGGUUCAAUAAUUAUAGGCUUUGAUAAAGAAUCAAUACUUGCUAAAUUAUUACAUGAUAUAAAAUUUCGUCUUUAUUCAAUUAGUAUAGCUGAUAAACUAUCUGUUAUGGUCUUUAGUUUAGAUAUUUCUAAGAAAGAAGAAAACAAAUCUGUAGUAGAAAUAUGGAACAAUAAUAUAAAAAUUUUAUAUUAUGAAGGCAGUUCACCUGUGGAU